AGAAAGAGUUAUUUUAAAUAUCCUAAAUCGUAACUGACAAAAGUCAGUUAUAGAACAUUUGCUUGGUGUGGCAAACCACAUUAAAGAACUAUUUUUCUUAAAAAUCAUAACAGAAAUAAUAUUAGCUGUAGUUAAAUAUGUCUAAAGAAGAGAAUAUUCAAAUUCCUGAUGUCAUUUAUGAUCCUUUUGCUAAAAUACAUUAUAAAAAAGGACGAUUUUUUGGCAAGGGUGCUUUUGCAAAGUGUUACGAAAUCAUUAAUGCACAAAAUAAUGAAGUUUAUGCAGGGAAAAUUGUUUCGAAAAAACUUUUGGUCAAACAAAAUCAAAAGGAAAAAAUGACUCAGGAGAUUCAGAUACAUUCCGCAUUGAAUCACCAAAAUAUUGUUGCAUUUCACAGUUUUUUCGAAGAUAGUUUUAAUAUAUAUAUUGUAUUAGAACUAUGUAAAAAGAGAUCCAUGAUGGAAUUACAUCGAAGAAGGAGAGUUUUAACUGAACCAGAAACUCGCUAUUAUAUGAAACAAAUUCUGAGUGGGGUGCAUUAUCUUCAUUCUAAUAAAAUUAUUCACCGUGAUUUAAAGCUGGGAAAUUUGCUCUUAAACGAUAAGUUACAAAUAAAAAUUGGUGAUUUUGGGCUUGCUGCAAAAAUUGUGUAUGAUGGGGAGAGAAAGAAGACUUUAUGUGGUACUCCAAAUUAUAUUGCUCCAGAAAUAUUAAAUAAGAUGGGUCAUUCAUAUGAAGUUGAUAUUUGGUCAGUAGGAUGUAUUAUGUACACAUUGCUUGUUGGAAGGCCACCUUUUGAAACAAAAAGUUUAAAAGAAACAUAUGAAAGAAUUAGAAAAUGUGAAUAUAAAAUAUGUGCUACUCUGUCAAGUCAUGCUAAACACAUGAUUAUGAUUAUGCUACAAUCGGACCCAAGCAGAAGACCAAAAAUUGAACAGUUACGAAAACAUGAUUUUAUUACUAAUGGUUAUUGUCCAUCGUCAUUACCAAUAAGUUGCUUAACUAUGGCGCCUCGUUUUGAUAAUGUGCAUGAUAUUACAAAUCAUAAAACAGUGCUGAUGGAAAUUCAUAAUAACACAAAUGGCAUCUCCCCACGCAAACAUGAUUCAAUUGCUGCUGGAUUGACUGGUGUUAAGACGCUAAGAAAUUCAUUUGAUGCAAAAGAAAAUUUGCAAGCUUUAAAAAAUUUGCUUAUAAAGGUUAUCAAGAGUAACCCAACACUUCAUAAAAAAGUAUCGGAUGAGAUGACUGAUCCAGUUGCCCAGCCUACUGUGUGGAUUUCCAAAUGGGUGGACUAUUCAGAUAAAUAUGGUUUUGGCUACCAGCUUUCUGAUGAAAGUGUUGGAGUAAUGUUUAAUGAUACUACAAGAUUAGUUAUGCUUUCAAAUGCUAUCAAUGUACAGUAUGUCGAUAAAAACGGCGAUGAGUCUUAUAUGACCAUUGACACUUAUCCAAAGGAAUAUGAGAAAAAAAUGAAGCUACUAUCGUACUUCAGUAGAUAUAUGAGGGAGCAUCUUAUUAAGACCGGAGCUGGCGUUGUUAAGGAACUCGAUACUAUGUCUAGAACACCCCAUUUACAUCAGUGGUGUCGAUCAACUUCUGGUGUACUCAUGCAACUGAACAGUGGAACUUUACAGAUGAACUUUAGCGAUCAUACAAAGAUAAUAAUGUGCCCUUUAAUGGCAGCCAUUACAUACAUCGACGAAGACAAAUCGUUUAUGACUUUUAGAUUUAGUACAAUUGAAAAAUAUGGAUGUUCAAAAGGCUUGUUGGAGAAAAUGAAAUAUGCUUAUGAUAAAAUAUCUAUACUUUUAGAAAGUGAGUGUUUUAAAUAGUAAUGUGUUCAAUAAAAUAAUUAUAUGUU